AUUAUACCAAAGCAAGAGUAUAAAGCUGAAAAUGAUAGAAAAUCACCAUUUCUCAAUAAUUAUACUAUUAAUAGCAUCGUUUGUUUCAAACGUAACUACAUUUGGAACAUGUGAGAUAUCUAUAUUAACAAUGCAAUAUGUUGCAAAAUGUCCAGAAGAUAAGGAGUCGUGGACGAGAGCAGCAGAAAAAUUAAAUUGUUCGUCUAUUCCUCAGUCGUGUGCAGAAUCAAUGGGACCCUCUUUUAAUAUUCAGAAUUAUAUUUUUCAAUACCAUUGUGUUAUAAACACUUGGCGAAAUGCAACUAUGGAAGUGUGUGCAUUGAAUCGUACAAUAUUAGGUUUUUGUGCUGAGUUUAAUGUUCAAGGAGCGAUUAUACAAGAUAACUACGAUGCAGAGUGUACAACACAUACACCUUCUUGUCCAUCAAGUUAUAAUUCAGCUGAGGCAUUUAAAUAUCCGUCAUGCUAUGAGAUGGCAAAAAGAAACAGAAUAACAAAUACCAAAACAAUAGAGGAAGAAUUCCACGCUUCAUCAACUUCGAGAUUUGUCCUUAGUUCAUUUCUCACGAUGCUCUGCUUAUUUAGAAGUAUAUAGGGGUUCUUGAAUAACCGGAACGAAGAAGAAGUUUACCUUCAAAAGUCAUGCUCAACAUUCCUGCAACAAACUUGGGGAAGAUCAAUGGACUUAAAAGAAGGAGCAGUUGUUUACUACACGAUCUCCAUCUAAAAUAUCAAUUCAUCAAAAUAUCAAAUCAAUGGCAUUGGUAAUAUAUUAAUGAUCAUAAUGAUUGUAUAUUUGGCAAGAGAAUGCUUGUAUGUGAAAAAUCGAUGUUUUUUGUUUUUUUUUUUUAUAGAAUGUGUUACAAUUUCGUAAAUUGAAAAAUGUUUAAGGCAUUAUGUAAAGAAUUCUAUUUUAUAUACGGGUAUGUACACAAAGUGUUGAAUCGGUUGUAAUCUAAUGUUAUGUGAGUAUCCAGGUACAUUACUAUUGCAUAUACUUAAGAGCUUGUAUUUUAAAAUCAUAUACCAUACAUUUCCUCUCAAAAUGAAUAAGUUGAUAAAAGUGCCAAAGUUAUUAUAUUUUCCCAAUGCGUUUUUUGCCAAUUUAUGUGU